CUCCAGACCGCGAUGGAGGUCCGGACGUAGCAGACCGGACUCGUUGCCGCUGGGCUCUAUCAAAAAGCGCAGUCUUUACGCAUGUAAAGACGUACUGUUCCAGAAACGGGCUGUCUGUUAAUAAAGGUUUCUGUGGAGCUGUGGCUGAAGUUUGCAUGGCACCAAAGCCGCUCAAAGACAACUUCAGAGAGCAAGAAUGAAAACAAGAUGUGCUCACUACAUACAUAGAUUGAGACAGAGGUGCUUCCUGUUUUCUCUGUCUCUGCUGGUGGUCUGUCUGUUCAAACUUGUCUACAUUAAAGUGACAGUGAGGGACAGCGUCUACGUUGAGCCCUAUGGAAUCACUGUCAGCAUAUCCGGAACCCACAGCCACAGGUACGACGUCAGCUGCACUGCCAUUUACGAGCUCGACCCCGUGGAGAUUGGCAAGGCUCUGGAGAUAAAACGGAAAGUCAUCGUUGAUGUGGAUGAUGAAAGCACUGUGAGUUUGACCUCAGAUUGUCAAACAUUUAUAAAAACAAGGGCUUACAAUGAAGUUCCACUGUCAAAUGCAGAGCGAAGCUUCCCAUUGGCUUACUCUCUUGUGGUGCAUAAGAACGCACCCAUGGUGGAGCGCAUUCUUCAUGCCAUCUAUUCACCUCAUAACAUCUAUUGCAUUCACUAUGAUCAGAAGUCCUCUCCAGUGUUUAUAAAGGCCAUUAAAAACCUGGCUCAGUGUAUUCCAAAUGUGUUGAUUGCCUCAAAAUUGGAAUCUGUGGAAUAUGCCCACAUCAGCAGGCUUAAUGCUGACCUCAACUGCCUCUCUGACCUGCUGAAGUCAGAGGUCAGGUGGAAGUAUGUCAUCAACCUGUGCGGCCAGGACUUUCCUCUCAAGACAAACUAUGAACUGGUAAUGGAGCUGAAGCAGCUGAAUGGCAGUAACAUGCUGGAGUCCAGCCGACCCAGCGAACUCAAAAAGCAGCGCUACCGCUUCCAGCAUGAGCUGAAAAAUGUGCCUUAUGAGUACCGUCAUAUUCCUGUCAAAACCACAGUGGCCAAAGAUGUUCCUCCUCAUGGUAUUGAGAUGUUCAUUGGGAGUGCAUACUUUGUCCUGUCAUGGGAUUUUGUGAAUUACAUUAGCAGCAGCCAGAUGGCAAAGGACUUUCUGGCAUGGUCUGCUGACACAUACUCGCCAGAUGAACACUUCUGGGCCACCCUUGUCAGGGUCCCUGGGGUUCCAGGACACAUCCCCAGGUCAGAGGCAGACAUCACAGAUCUGAGGAGUAAGACACGACUAGUAAAAUGGAACUAUUUAGAAGGAAAUCUUUACCCAGCCUGCACAGGUACACACAUGCGGAGUGUUUGCAUCUACGGAGCUGCUGAACUUCGCUGGCUCCUUAACUAUGGCCACUGGUUUGCUAACAAAUUCGACCCCAAAGUUGACCCGAUCCUGAUUAAGUGUUUGGAGGAGAAGCUGAUGGAAAGACGUCAGUACAUGCAAACAUGAUAGUGAAGGGAAGAGGGAAUGUGACAAGGAGAGAGUUGUUUCAGUGUCUAAUAUGUGAUAAAGAAAAGUGUCAAAGUACAUCUACUCAAUCACAACCAGUUUUUUUAUGUGAGUUUUUUUCUUUUGUUCAACUCUUGUUAUCUAUUUACUGUAAAAUAUUGAAAUUGUUAGAGUACACAUUUGCGUACUUUUCAGAGUAAGCGUUUUCAAACUAACGUAAUAAGGUCAUAAAAUGCGGGUUACUAUAGAUUAGAUCACCGAAAACUGUAUAAAGAGGCACUACGUGAAGCACCUGCAACAUUAAAACACUGCAUCAAUAAUGCAUCUGUAAUUUAACACCGUAAAAGGGAUCAUUCUUCAGAAUGACUUCUUUUACUUGUGUUAACAAGGCCCUUUAGCUGCUACGACUAUUUACUUUUACUUGUAAUGAAUUGUUUUGACAAUGAGGUAUUGCUAAGGGAUUUGAAUUCUCUUUUCACCUCUGCUAAAUUAAACCAUCCUACUGCAACAGGAUAGGGCACUUACGGACACUCAGCAGGGAGUUCCCUGUUCACAUGAUGUCAUUCAUUCUAAUCGUUGUCAGGCGGUAGCCCUCAGUGACUUCACAAAGCAUUUAAUCAGUAACAGGGAAAUGAAGAAGUGCCUGUGACUAAGGAAUAGUAGGUUAUUUCAGGAAAAGUUAUCCUUAAAAUAAGUGAUUCCAGGUACUCUUCUUAUAUUGAGAGUAUAAAUACCAAAGUUCCAUGUUUUAUUCAUGGGUUCUGUAAAUUAAAAGCUCCACAGUUUUUUGGAGAUAGUUGAUUUGAAAAAGUGAAAAAUCUGUGAUGAUUUCUUUAUUUCUGAAUAAAGGUAUGAUGCUUCUUA